CGGGGCAGCAAAUCAGAAGUCCAGGUCGCUCAGGAGAAACGGUCAUCAGACAGCAAAGGUGAAAGAAGACACUGACUCACUGGUUGGGUUUGAAUAGGUCUAGUUGGGAAGCCACCUGUCAGGUAAGUAACUAGCUUGUUCGUGUCAUCCUAUUUUAUUUCAGGUUUGACUUGGUUGUCUAUUAUAAGUCAGGCAUGCAUUCAUUUCUCUUUGGCCUUAUUAUGGUUUUUGAAAUCCUAUUUUAUAGUGCCUGUAAUUGGACACAGAUGUGUUGAAUCCAUUGACCCUGUGCAAUGUAAUAGUGCUUCCUCAUUCAGUCAAACUCCUUGUGUGGGGCAAGUAAAUGCGAUUGUCCAACAAGUCUCGCUGAUCAACAAUGAUUAAGUAUCUCUCUGUCCCUUUAAUCCGUCUCGUGGGCUUGGCUCGCCACUUCAGGACACUCUUCUCCAACAGGAGCCAGCCGGUCUGAAGACUCCCAAGUUCUUGCAGAAUCUCACAGAAGGCAAGGAAGUGAAAGACAAGGACCCUGUCAACUGCACCUUUACUGGGCCACUUCCCCUAACUACUUGGCGAGACAUUCCCCUUUGAGUUACAGCUUGAUGAAAAUUCACAGUGUCAUGUUAAUUCAUGUGUCGGAGUUUUUCAAAAAGGUAUCACCCAAAACAAUCCCUCUGCUAGCUUGAUCUGAUUGGGGGUGGGUACUGCCACUGCAUUUAGUGUAGUGAUCUGUAAUCACCAAGACAUUGAUUGCGUUUCUUCUGGGUGGUUCAAUUGAAAGGAAGUGCAGACAAACACUAAAGGAUGAGUAACUUGGAUGUUGACAAGCGGUGCAGCCUUUUGAGGCGGGGCUUUCCUCUGUACCCAGCGGUCACAUGUCUUUAUCUUAGCUUCCACUUCUGCGGCCAUUUUAGGCCUAUAUCGUAGGAGAUCGGUGGGUCGAUCUAUCCCCAAGUGACCCAUGUCGUCGUGUAGACUCUUCCUUGCCAUAGCUCUCAGCUCUUUGGGUAGAGAAUUCCCGCUUUAACUCCAAACGAGGCCAUUCUCGCAACAACAGUAGGAGUUCAGUGAGCUCUUGUCCUACAGUUGGAGGGGGUUUCUGCCCAGUCUCUAGUUGUAGUAUGUCCUCAUUUUUUUUUUUUUAACUCUUCCUUUUGGCAACUAGCAGCAGGAUUGUAACUACUACAGGUCUUUUUCUGGACUUGCUGAAUUUACAUGUAUUGUGCUCUCUGCUGUAACACGUCCGUCUGUCUCCACUGAAGCUACGUCACACUCAACAUGAUUUCAUCCGCUGCAUAGGGGAAGGUGUUUAACUCGGGACUGGUUUUAACUUUUUUUGUCUUUUUUUUUUUUUUUUUUUUUUACAUGAAUUAUGUCAGUGAGGUUAUUUCUAUUUAUUUAACGUCACAUCCUCCCACCACAGAUAUAUUUAUCCCUCUUUUAUUCAGUCAUCUAUUUUACAGACCUCUGCAAGAGGGGGUUGCACAAUUUUUCAGCAGUGUAGACAUACUGUAGUCAUCCAUAAAUUUGCAGAUAAUGGAAUAAAGAAAACAUUGUAGAGGGGAGGGGAGUUGAGUGUGCAAGGUUUGGAGGAGGAACUCCAUGAUUUAAAGAAGAGAAGAGUUCCUGGUUUGCCUGUGAAGAAGAGAGACAUCUUUAAACCAUCAGAGCCUCCAACAUGAACGUUUGUCACACUUUGAUCUGCUUCUUCUGUCUCACACUGCAUGAUGGAAACACUGGUCUCAUCGAUGCAGAUAUCCUCGUAAAGGAGGGAGGAAACAUCACACAUACAUGUUUCUUCACUUUCUCUGGAAGCAGAAAGAUCUUCUGUAAGGAAGAAUGUGAAGAACAAGACAUCCUCGUUGAAACAGAUGGUGACAGAGCUCAGAGUGGCAGAUACAGCAUUGAAUAUAAAGAAGGAACUUUUCCAAUAUCUUCCACACUUCUGUAUGUGAGCAUCACAAAUCUGGCCAAGUCUGACUCAGGACGGUACGGAUGUAGAUUGGACAGAUUUUUGUUUCCAGAUUCAUAUGAGGAGUUUGACAUCAGAGUUGAAGAUGCUCCAAUCACUUCUAAACCAAAGUGGACUCUCCGACCGUUUUCAACAUCAGUCCCAUCAGCCGCCACACAGAGUUUAAGCUCUAGUUCAGAAAGCUCCACACCUUCAUCAGCCUCCCUUGAAACCGCUAAGCAGACUCAGCAGCAACAGAAAACAGCAGAUACAGCCACAGGUGUGCUGCUGUAUGUGCGUCUGGUUCUGGUCAUCAUGAUCAUCGUAUCAUCAGCGGCUGUGCUGAUAUUCUGCAGGAAGAGGAACAGUAAACCCAAAGAACCUCCUGUGGAGAAUGCUAACACGACAGAGCCUAACGGAGUGUAUGAGGAGAUCAGAGAGGAGGAAAGACGGACGAGAUCUACUCCUGUUGAAAUAUCCACAGUUUACACUUUUCCACUGCAGCCAGUUCUCAGAAGAAAUUCAACAUUAAGUCCACUCUCAGGUGGAUUUUUCCAAAGGUGCACCUGCCUCAAAAGCCCUCUCUGUGGUGAUGUAGAGGAUGCUCCUACAGCAUCAGAGUUUGAAGUGCAUGGUCCCUGAACCAAGCUGUCCUAUUUGACGCUUGUCAGGGACAAGGUGAACACAAAGUGGUUUGAAAAAAUACUCACCCAAAAAUCUUUUUUGCUUCUCUCAUUCAUGUCAUAACUGUGCUGUCACAAAGUUUGCUUCAAGAGCUUUUUAUUUUCUUUCAGCUUUUUCUACUUCUAGUUUAAGAUUGUCUUAAAUAUUUUGGUUUCAUUGUAAAUAGCCAUGAAGCGAAGCGAAGUUUGGAACUGUGACAUGAAUAAAAAAGAAAAAGGCAGAUUGAAUGUUGGUGAGUAUUUGAAUAUCAGGUGUUACGACCCCCCCUGUUGGUCUAGGGGUGUGGGGGCCAUAAACAUAUAGGCACAACUGGU